AGUGUUCAGUGAAUCAUCAGCUGAAUCAUGGCACAUUGUGCGCAAUUCCCAGUAAAACCCCGUUCCUGCAGCUUGACGAGCUGCUGUUCGCCGCUUUUUAUAAUAUUAACUCCAAAGUUCAGCGCAGAUGCGUGAAAGGAGGAGUGAUCUGAGGAAGGAUGAAGGUGAUCCAUGUCCAACUCCGACCGUCUAUCACUUAUUUUCGGAUUUCUGUGCGGAAAGAGUUUGGAAUGAAGAGGAUUUUGCUGCGCGUCAGUAUCCAGAGAUGCCUGGAUUUUCAACAAGAUGGGCCAACCGACAUAAGGAAUACUGAUCAAUACUCAAGAUGGGCUGCUGUUCUACAAGUCAGAGUGCUGUCAGGGACAGGAUCAAUAAAAUACAUCACUGUUCUGGUCAAACAACUAAAAGUUGUCCUGAAUGUGACUGGAUAAAGAGGAAUUCUUGUCACUUAACAUGAUGGAAUCUAGUGUAUCGCUUUUUACGGAUUCCCUAGAACUGAUCCCUAACAACUAUGGCAACCACAGCAACAAGAGCUGGAGCAAUGACCCACAUGGUGGCAACCUGAGGCAUAACCAAACCCAGAGCCUCCAUUUCCACUUGCAUAGUGCACUCCUUGGAGUAUCUCUGGGCCUUCUCUCGCUCCUCACCAUCAUAAUGAACCUACUUGUCCUCUAUGCAGUGAAGAGAGAAAAGACUCUCCACACUGUGGGGAACCUGUACAUUGUUAGCCUAUCGGUGGCUGAUCUUAUCGUGGGGACGACAGUAAUGCCUCUGAACUUAAUGUAUCUGCUUGAAGAUGAGUGGAGGCUGGGACGUGCAGUGUGCCAGUUUUGGCUAAUCAUGGACUAUGUGGCCAGUACAGCUUCAAUCUUUAGCUUGUUUAUCCUGUGUUUGGAUCGGUACCGCUCAGUGAGGCAGCCUUUGAAAUACCUCAAGUAUCGAACACGCGGAAAAGCCAGCUUGAUGAUAUCUGGAGCCUGGUUACUCUCAAUGAUGUGGAUUAUUCCCAUUUUAGGAUGGAGGUCUUUCACACAUGUGGACCUUAAACCUGAGGAGGAGAACAAAUGUGACACAGACUUUCGCUUCGUAACAUGGUUUAAAGUUAUAACAGCGGUUUUCAACUUUUAUGUCCCCUCAAUUUUGAUGCUGUGGUUUUAUACACAUAUUUAUCUGGCUGUGAGGCAGCAUCUAAGAGACAGAGAGAGAAUUAUUCAUCCAGCAGAUUCAUUUGGGGAAAAUGAGAAUGGAGGCAAUGCGCCAAGCCCUAAAAGAUAUGACUCCAAAUCACCCCAGAGCGAGACAGAGGCCUCCCUGAAACAAUCCAAAAAAGACAGACAUCUGGACCGAAACACUCUUGACCAGAGAUAUUCCCUUGAAGAUGGUGAGAGAACUAAAGCUGCUUCAUUUAGAACUAACAGAAAAAUAGGUGUGAAUUGCCAACAGACGUCACUGCUUUCCAUGACAACAAAACACCUCAGAAUAGCACGCAAGGCUAAAACUGGUUCACUGCCUCCAGAAGAGAAGCAGCCAGACUCAGAGAUUCCCCUGAACCGGCCGUCUGUGCCACGGGAUACGACAUGUUCAGUUGGAAAUAAUGAUAUCAAGCAUCAAGCCUCUCUCAAUGAAUGCCACGUCACUGUGACAAACUCUCUGAGCGGUGUCUGCGGUAUCAGUCCAGUGUCAGAUGUGCAAAGGUACACAAUUGUUCUCUGCAACAGCUUUGACCCGAGCCAGGCUCUUCCAUGGCCUGAGGAAGGGGUUGAGGAUGCCAGGAUAGACCCAGAGGAUGGAGUGACUCUGAAACAGGCAUGGCAUAGGUUUAUAGACCAGUCACGACAUCGGAUUCAAAGUCUGAGAAUCCAUAAAGAGCACAAAGCUGCCAAGCAGUUAGGAUUCAUAAUUGCUGCCUUCUUAUUAUGUUGGAUCCCUUACUUUAUUGUGUUCAUGGUCAUGGCUUUUUGUCCAGAGUGCGUCCACGACGACCUUCAUAUGUUUACCAUCUGGCUUGGUUACAUCAACUCUACUCUAAAUCCUUUCAUAUACCCACUCUGCAAUGGUAACUUUAAACGUGUCUUCAAAAAUAUUCUUAAGAUUAAUUGGUGAAUGAUAUGCCAAGAGAAAAGUAUAGAAUCAAACAAGUUCAGAGCUGUUUAAUCAUUAAUUAUAGAGAUCAUACAAGAAAUUACCAAUGAUCUUGGAUUUUGAAAAAUGUUGAUAAAGUUACUGCAUAUUUGAGGUGGCAUGUUUUUUUCUCCCAUAUGUUUUACAUUUUUUUUUUUUUACUAAACAAAUAAAUAAUUAUUUUAUGCGUUUAUCAGACUGAAACUGAUACAUUGUGUCUAGACAUAAAGGUUUUCAUUCUUAAGGCAAGUAUCUAAGUAUUGCACAUUUUAAUUCAAGUCUUGAACAUGAACAGAACAUGAUGAAUAAAACACAAAAGUACAUUGCAGGGGCAUAAUGGGGAAAGUGGGUCUGCAAAGUAAAACUAAUGAUCUUUCAUUUAACAGUUUAGAUACAACAGUUAACAGCAAGAACAUAUUUUUUUGUCUUAAUUUAAAAAACAGCAGCACCUUUACAGACUUGUUUUUUUUUUUUUUUUUUAUAAAAGAAGUCAAACUUUAGAACUAGAGUGGUGUUCUCUACUUUCUUAGUGUUUGUAAAGAUCCCCUCAGUAGCAAUCAGUAUCAAUUGUGGUGAGAGGAAUGGCGUUCACUUCCUGUUUUAAUUGCUGAUCUACAUUCGGUGGUGCUGCUCAGGCUAUCUCCGCCUGAGCCAAGUGUUCUUUUCUGUGAAAUCCAAUUUAUUAUAACUGCCCAGAAGCAAUUUUAAACACUGCUGCACUUUUCUACUGAGAACUUGUGGCGUUAACAAGGUUUUUACUUCUAGUAGUAAGGGGCAGCUAUCCUAGGCUAAUGCCAGCUUAGCACUGCUAUGGCUUCUCUCUCUCUCCCCUGACUCUUUUCUAAUCUUUCUUCUUCCUCUCCUCUCUCCUGCUCUCUAUGUCAGAUGUUCAGUUAUUCCUCUACCUCUUUUAGUGAAAACUGUAUAUGUAAUAAGUGUUGUAUUUUUGUAGCUUUGGAGGCGAGGGUGCCAGACUUGGAGUUCUGGCUUAGAGCUGCAGAACAUCCUUGAUAUAGAGUAGGCCCCAUUGUUAACAGCCCGGAAAUACCAAGACCAGGGACAUGUCCACAUAGUGGUCCUCCAACAGUUUCUAAGCAGCGAGAUGACUUGGUGAAGGUACACAGAGAAAGUAGUUGUAGAUCUCUGCCAGAUGGUCACCACCAACCUGUCCAUGUUUCUAACCAAUUUUCCGCGCUAAGUGACGCACCCACUGGGAAGCCCAAUCUGGUAACUGGCAGUUUCAUGGUCAGAAACGUGGCAGUAGAUACAGCAGGGACCAUAAUGUGCCGGGGGCCAGAACAGGCACACUUUGGAUGGUGCAGCUAUUCUUUCUAGGAAUCUGGCCAAAUUUGUCCUCGAAUACCCUGACAGCCAAGGGUGCAGACCAGGAAGCAACACUGAAGUUUAACAAACCUCUCUGCAGCUUCUCUACUGUUACCAUCUCAUUACAUUAUCCAGACAUUGGUUGUUUCUCAAUUUACAAGAACGCAAUGUCGGACUCUUGUUCUUGCAAAGUAUGUUCUUGACAAGAACACAGGAAUGUAUGGACUCAGGAAGAACGGACAGAGGCUUAGUUGUGGCAUCACCACGUGCUCAGCUUGUCUGAAACUGCAUUUCACCUCCUGUUAUUAAUAGUCUCUAAGUAUAAAUUCCUACUUUUUUCAUUUAGUGGGGGAAUAAUAAUGAACACAGUCAGAUAAACAAAACUCAAAUGAACCUUUGGCCAAAUAAAACAACAAUCUCACCAUCAGAGCCAGUGACUGAGGCCGCAGCAAGAGGAAUAUGUCAGCUUAAAUGAGGCCACUCCCUCUAGAUAUUUACAUUUUCAUAUACCCAGAACUUCUGAAGAGAAGGAGGAGUAGUAACAAUCUCUCAGUCUGACUUACUGAUUACUUUGAAGUCAGUAAAUAAGUACAAUUAUUUUAAACAUUUAACACUUAGUUUCCUUCGUCCAAAUUACAGAGCAACAAAAUCUAAUCUUUAGCUUCUCUUCAUUGGUUUCCUGUCAGACCUAGAAUAGAAUGAAUAAUACUCCUUCUCACAAAUAAAGCCUUUAAUGAACAAGUUCCGUUUUAUAUCAAAGAUCUUAUUGUACCAUAUGUUCUUAACAGAGCACUUCACUAUCAAUCUACAGGUUUACUACUGAUUCCUAGAAUUAAGUAGUUGUACUAAUUAAGUACAAUGGGAGACAGAUCAUUUAGUUCUCUUAGAUCCUUUAGGCAGACACCCUGUCUACUUUUAUGACUAGGCUUCAAACCUUUCCUUUAAAAAAAAAAAAAGCUUAGAAUGGCUAAGCUUACACUGAGUUAUCUCUCUGGAUAUGCUGCUAUAGGCUUAGACAGCUGGAGGACAUAGGGACCCCUUAUUACAAUUCAGCUUCAUUCUAUCUCUAUUCUCCCAUUCUGCAGUAUUUUCCAGCCUCUAACUUAAUACUCUCUGUUUUUCUCCUAAUAGUAGCUUCAUAUGGUCUGUUCCUGUUUGGCUGUGACAAAUCCCGGAGAGAAAUAUCAGCUGUGCUGUGGACAUCAACUCCUUUGUUUCUAGAUGUAGGAGCUUGACCUUUUUUUCAAUGUAGCUCUUUUUUCUUACAAUGACUACCUGUAUGGAGUUGCUUAAUACCUUUUGUAUCUUUGCAUCUUUCUGUAUGUCUGCUUGUGUCUCCUUGAACCUCAGUCAGCCUGGGCAGAUG